UUUUCAAUCAAUCAACGAAACGCCAAAACGAAAUCUCUUGUUGCUUUCUUUUUCGUCCAUCAUUCCAUCAUUCAAUCUCUCUAUUGCAAUAUAAAUAUCUCUCCUUCUCUAAGUGUUUUUCGUCAUUAGCGUUGUUCUUCUAUAUCAUCAUCAUCAUCAUCAUCAUCAUCAUCAUCAUCAUCAUCAUCGACCUGUUGUUGUUUUGAAGAAAAAGAAAAAGAAACCCAGAAAUAUGGAUCCGACCCUCGAUUCCAAGCUUGUUUCUGAACCUGUUGAGGCGGAGAAAGGGAAGAAAAGAGUACAGUCGCCGCCAUCGUCGCCGUCGUAUGGUUUGGUGUCGUUCAAGGAGUUGCCGGAGUACAUGAAGGACAACGAGUUCAUUCUGAAUUAUUAUAGAGCUAAUUGGCCUCUCAAGGAAGCUCUCUUUAGCAUCUUUCGUUGGCAUAAUGAAACACUUAAUGUUUGGACGCAUUUACUUGGGUUUGUUCUAUUUUUGGGAUUAACAAUGGCGAAUUUGAUUGAAGUCCCACAAGUAUCGGAUCUCAUUGCCUUCUUAACCAGUUCUUUUCCUAUUAGUGGCGACAGCAAUGUUUCUCAAGAUCCCUUGCUGGGAACAACGACGAAUCUCGUCGAUUUAAAGCAAAUAACGGCUUCGGAACCUGACGUUUCGCCGGUGACGCGGUGGCCGUUCUACGUAUUCUUAGCCGGCUCCAUGUUCUGCCUCCUAUCAAGUAGCAUUUGCCACCUCUUUUCGUGCCACUCGCACCAUCUGAACCUCUCGUUGUUGCGGCUCGACUAUGCCGGGAUCACUACCAUGAUCAUCACAUCGUUUUUCCCACCGAUUUAUUACAUUUUCCAGUGUGAUCCACAAUGGCACUUCAUCUACCUCGGUGGGAUCACGGUCCUAGGCUUGUUCACCAUCGUGACACUUUUAUCACCGGCCUUAUCGACCAAGAAAUUCCGCGCGUUCCGAGCCAUGCUCUUUUCUUCCAUGGGACUCUUCGGCAUCAUCCCCGGUGUCCACGCCAUGAUUGUCAACUGGUCUAACCCGCGCCGCAACAUCACCCUCGCCUACGAGUCUGCGAUGGCUAUAUUCUACUUGACAGGGACCCUGUUCUACGUUAGCCGAGUCCCGGAACGGUUCAAGCCCGGAUGGUUCGACUUAACCGGCCAUAGUCAUCAAAUAUUUCACGUCUUGGUAGUGAUGGGUGCAUUGGCUCAUUAUGGUGCUUCACUUGUAUUCCUGGACUGGCGCGACCACCAUGGCUGUUAAUCCCUUCAUGCAUCAUCAUAUAAUUCUUUAACAUUGUAACUGUGAGUAAUAUUCAUUUAUUUGUAGCUUUUGGUUUCAUCAAUUAUUUGCAAAAUUGGAGGUAUUUGGAUUUGUAUUAUUUUUCUAUUUGUUGGUUCAUCCUAAACUUGUAAUUUAUUCAAUCAUAUUUAUUUUCUAUUAAUAUUAUAGUUGAAUUAUAAUUUUUUAAA